ACUUAAGCUGAUCCUCGAUCAGAAGUAUGGAAACCUAUGUACUAAAUUUGCUUGCACUCUCUUCACUGUCUCUGCUACUCUAUGGUGUUGCCAAAGCUUUCUACAUCAUUUGGUGGAAACCCAAAUGGCUAGAAAGGAACUUUAAACGACAGGGAAUCAGAGGCACCCUUUACAGGCCAUUGGUCGGGGACGUGAAAGAGUUUGUGAGAAUGAUAACUGAGGCGUGGACCAAGCCCCUCAGUCUAACCCAUGAGAUCGUUCCACGUGUCGAUCCAUUCACUCUAGCCACUGUACAGAAAUAUGGGAACAUAUCAGUGGUUUGGUUUGGAACAACACCAAGGCUGAUCAUCAACGAUCCGGAGUUGAUCAAAGAAAUUCUGUCCAACAAGCUAGGUCACUUCAGCAAGCCUUAUAUAAGCCCUAUUAUACGGAUUUUGACUAAAGCAGGACUGACAGUUCUGGAUGGUGAAGAGUGGGCAACGCAUAGAAGGAUAAUAAAUCCUGCUUUCCACUUGGAGAGACUGAAGGAGAUGAUACCAGCAUUUACCGUCAGCUGUGGCAAGAUGAUAGGAGAAUGGAAGAGCAUGGUUACUAUGCAAGGGACUUGUGAGGUGGAUAUGUGGGUUGAAUUUCAAAAACUCACCGCAGAUGUCAUUUCUCGAGCAGCAUUUGGGAGCAGCUAUGAAGAAGGGAAGAUGAUGUUUGAACUUCAAAAAGAGCUGAUAUUGCUAACACUAGAAGCAAUGCAGAGCGUGUACAUUCCUGGUUUAAGGUUUGUUCCAACCAAAAAGAACCGAAGGAGAAAACAGUUGGACAAAGAGAUCACAUCGAUACUAAGAAAAAUAGUCGAGAGCAAAAUGAAUGCAAUGAGAACAGGACAAUCCAAGGUUGAUGACUUGCUAGGCCUACUGCUACAAUCUAACAACCAGAAUUCUUUACCAGAACACACAAUCAGCAAGAAAAGUAAUGGAAUGACUCUUGAAGAAGUAAUAGAGGAGUGCAAACAAUUCUACCUUGCUGGUCAAGAGACAACAUCAACCUGGUUAACAUGGACAAUUAUAGUCUUAGCUAUGCACCCUGAAUGGCAGGAAAAGGCAAGAGACGAAAUCCUGGAAGUUUGUGGGAAGAAAGAGCCUAGUUUUGAAGAUAUAAGCCACCUCAAGAUUGUAACAAUGAUACUGAAUGAAGUGUUAAGGUUAUAUCCACCUGUGAUUGCUCAGUAUCAACAUGCCUACAAGGAAACAAAAAUAGGGCAUAUCACCAUUCCAGCUGGAGUGGAUCUUAACCUACCUACACUACUCCUCCAUCAUGAUCCUGAACUCUGGGGCGAGGAUGCAGAAGAAUUCAAACCUGAAAGAUUCUCUGAAGGAAUUUCAAAGGCGUGUAAGGACCAGCUAGCCUUCUUUCCCUUUGGAUGGGGUCCAAGGACCUGCAUUGGACAAAAUUUUGCUAUGAUAGAAGCAAAGAUUGCAGUGGCUACAAUUCUACAGCACUUCUCGCUGGAGCUUUCACCUUCCUAUACUCAUGCUCCUUAUACUGUUAUGACUCUUCAACCACAACAUGGAGCCCAUGUUAAAUUGCACAAGCUCUAAGCUUGCAGCUAGUUUGCAUUUUAAGGUUUUAUUAAUAAUAGAAAUAAUGUGGUUUGUGAAUCACAAAUGCGUGUGUGAGAUUGUGUAGAGGUUUGAUGUGAUGAGAGGUCCAACAUUGGGUUUUUCAUUGGUGACAGUUAUGUUUGACAAUAGGCAUGAUAGUAUUAUGUCUUCUUAUAUGAAUUUAUUUAAAAUUCAAUUCUCAAAUCAACUACUCAUCAUCCUUAAAAAAAAAAAAGCAAAUAUUAGUAAAGAAGAGUCAUGUAAUAUUAUACCAUGAGGAUUCAUGUAGCAUGAUAUGCAAUCAAGUAUCAAAAAUGAAGAAUGUACUUUGAUAAACUUU